AUGACUGCAAGUGAUAGUUUUAGACAUAGUAUCAAACCAGAUGGAUUAAGGAUGAUCAAGGGAAUUUUGGAUGAAUCUCUUAAAAUUAACUUUUACUUUGUAUUGCCAAAAGGCGUAUUUGCAAAAUUCAUAAAAAAACAACCUUAUGAAAAUAAGGGAGGAGGAAAG